UCCAAAAAACUUCCACACAAACCUCCACCAAAAUUUCAAAGAAAAACAAAUUAACUACAAAAAAAUUCAAGAAACAAUGCAAUUCCAUCCCUUCACAUUAAUAAUCCAAGCUCUCAUAUCUUUAUUCUUGAUCUCUUACAUCACAAAAUGGUUGUACAAAAAAUCUUAUGGCAACAACAAGAAUGUACCUCCAUCGCCACCGAAGCUACCGAUAAUCGGAAAUCUCCACCAACUCGGCUCAUUGCCUCACCGCAAUCUCCAAUCCUUAGCGAAAAAAUACGGACCAAUCAUGCUUCUCCACUUCGGAAGUAAACCUACUCUCAUUGUUUCAUCUGCAGAUGCAGCCCGAGAGAUAAUGAAAACCCACGAUCUCGUCUUUUCCGAUCGGCCCGACUCAAGUGUCGGUAAGCGGCUACUCUACAACUGUAAAGAUGUAUCCAUCGCUCCGUACGGCGAGUACUGGAGGCAGUUGAAGAGUAUAUGUGUUCUUCAACUACUUAGUAACAAAAGGGUUCAAUCUUUUCAUUACAUCAGGGAAGAAGAAACAGCCCUUUUGAUGAAAAGGAUCGAAAGAGAAUAUUCCACCGGUUCGAUGGAUUUGAGUGAGAUGCUUACUCAGUUUACCAAUGAUGUGGUUUGUAGAUCAGCUUUUGGAAAAAAGUAUAGUGCAGUGGAAAAUGGCAAGAAAUUUAUUUUACUGUUGAAGGAAUUGUUGGAGCUUUUGGGGACUAUUAGUAUCGGAGAUUUUGUUCCGAUGCUUUCGUGGAUUAAUCGAGUCAACGGUUUCGAUGCGAGAGUUGGUAAGGUUGCUAGAGAAUUUGAUGAAUUCUUCGAGGGAGUGAUACGUGAGCGCAUGGAAAAUCCAAAGACAUUACAUGGAGAUAAUUUUCUUGAUAUUUUGCUUCACAUUUAUCAGAAUAAUUCCACCGGAGUAGCGAUUGACAGGGACAGUAUCAAAGGAAUAAUUCUUGAUGUAUUUGCAGCUGGAACCGACACCACAUCGACACUUCUAGAGUGGGAAAUGACCGAACUCUUACGAAACCCUACAAUCAUGAAAAAAUUGCAACACGAAGUACGACAAGCAGUUAAAGACAAAAACGGCAUAAUAACCGAGGACGACCUGGAAAAAAUGCACUACCUGAAAGCCGUAAUAAAAGAAACUCUCCGCCUCCACGCACCAAUCCCAUUGCUAGUACCUCGGGUAGCGAGAAAAGACGUAAAAGUUAUGGGGUACGAUAUUUCAGCCGGAACAUUGGUGAUGACUAAUGGUUGGGCCAUUGGCAGGGACCCUGCCAGCUGGAACGAACCGGAGAAGUUUGAUCCCGACAGGUUUUUGGAUUCCAGGGUGGAUUAUCAGGGCCUGGAUUUUGAGCUGAUACCGUUUGGCGCCGGACGAAGGGGCUGCCCUGGAAUUUCGUUUGCAAUGGCUACUAACGGUUUCUUGUUGGCGAAUCUUGUGCGGGAAUUUGAUUGGGCGUUGCCUGAUGACAUGGAGGAUUUGGACAUGAGUGAAGGCCCUGGGGUUGUCAUGCACAAGCUUGUUCCUCUUGUUGCAGUUGCCAAACACUAAGCUACUACUAUGUUUAAUUGAUGAAAUAAUUAAUCUUAUAUUUACUUGCAUUUUAUUUGUUUUAGGACAAAAUGCAAUUCACCCCUACAAAUUUUUCAUUUUUGC